AUGGCUUUCCUUCAUGGAGUUUUAGGUAACAUUAAAGACAAAUUAGGCCAGCAUAAAGGCACUCUAGAUACCGCACUUAAGUCACUUAAAAGCACAAAUAAUAAUGGUAUUACUAAAUACAAGGCGGCGGUAGCCGAGGUGGCCGGUGGUGUACGUGCAUAUAAUGUGAGUGUUGAGCGUUCGAAUGACGCUGUGAAAAGUGUAAUUAAUAAGUUGCAAAAACAAAUUGGUAGUGAAUUCUUGAGUACAAUUAAGAAUAUACUGCCAAAAAAGGAAGCGCCGAAAAACAUAUUUCCUCCGCCACCAGUCGAGCCUUAUACCUCCAAGGAGAUCCGGGAGGCAGAGACAUUAGUGAAUAAGAAAUUAGAAGAUUGCAAGCAAAAUGCUGCGGCAUUUUGCAGUCACUUAGAGACUGAACAUAGCGCACAUAAAAAUUCAAUUAACGACUUGAAUGAUAAUUUGCGUGUCACACUUAGCCAUGUGCGUAGCACUGUAGCGUACGAAGCUAAGCGGCUCGGGGAGGUUAAGGCGGCAAAAGCUGCGGAGUUUAGUGAUACGGAGGAAAAGAUCACGGCGACUUUAAAAUCCAUGAAAAUUAGCGUCGAUUGUAAAAUUGACGCUCAGAUUAAGGAGCUGAUUAGCAAGUUGAGGGAGAAGGUGCAGAAGAUUCUUGAUGAGCUCAGGGGAAUUGACAAAAGGUUCAGGGAGUACUAUAACGCUUUGCAGGAAUGGAUUAUCAAGGCUGAGAAAGUUGUCGACGAGGCGCACGGAGAAGUUAACAGACUCUUGGGGCAUAUUAAUAAUACCAGCACAACGUAUCCCAUGCAGAUAACUUCGAGAGCUGAUCAGCUUGAAAGGGAUGUCGAGGGGUUUUAUAAUGCUGGGCAAGCGGCGACGGAGAAGGUUAUCGCGGAAGUGGCAAAAGCGCUUGCGGCUGUGGAAGCGCUGGAAGAUUUUCUUAAGUGGGAUUUGCAUGGUGUGAGAGAGCAGCUUGGUCAGCAAAUUAGGGAAUACCUUAGGGAGUACGUCACGGCGGUUAAAAAAGAGGUUGGCAGUAUUGAAGGCGACGGAAAAGCUCCAACGGCAGGCCUCUUUGGUAUUAUUAAUGGAGUUAGAGAAUAUGUAAAUGGGUAUAAGGAGAAUUUUGAGAAGACGGUUGGCGAUUGGGUAACGCAAAUCAUGGAUAAAAAGCCUGUUAAUUUCAAUAUUACGUCGUAUAUUAGAGGAGAUCGGACCAAUUUUAAUCCAGCGUAUAAAAAUGGUGGAAAUGUUGAAUCGAAGAUCAAAUCGGCUAUAAGCAACCAAAUCGCGAAACAACUGCUGAAUGGCUUUAGUGAACAGCCUUCUUUCGCCGCAGAUAACAUACAAACUUCAUUGGAAAGCAUAAAAACGUUUCUCUCUACGUUCGCUGGUAGUAUUGGUAUUAGUAAAUCUGAAACGAUAGUUGCAGCGAUUGAGGGAGAAAUUAAGAUCUCUGGUGUCUCCUCAUAUGAAAAAAACCUUACUGAAGCCCUCCGUUACAUUAUCCCCGCCAUUUUCUCUACAGCCAAUCAGGCAGGUGAGCAAAUCGGUAAACUUAUGAAAACUUGCAAACUUGAGUACAUAAACAAAGCGUUCGCUGCGGCAGAGGGGCUUUCUCAGAAACUUGACGGGGCGCUCGGCAGAGGCACCGAUCCCGUUCCAGGCAGCGUAUAUGACGUUAACACUAAGAUUAACAAUGUACUUGAUAAGCAGUUACCCAUAGAUAGGGAGGCGGAGAGUAGAGGCCAAUCUUAUGUAAAGGUUGAUCAUCUUACGAAUUCCUUCAAAAAGAUCAUAGCAGGCGACGACAACACCAAAAAAACCGCCCUUAAGGGCGCCAUCACACAAAUCCAAGAUGACGUAACCGGCGCUCUGGGAGGAAUCGAGACACUCAAAGAUGGCGCUUUAGCAGAUUUGCGAAAUGUUAAGGAGUAUAUCAAAAGGCUCUGCGAGGCUAUUAAAAAAGAUGCGGGAGACGACAAGGGCGACGUGGAUGACACUCUCAGGGGACGGCUCAACGAUUUGAAGAAGAGAUAUUUUGAGGAGUACGAAGAGAAGAAAAGGAACGGUGAGAAGAGCGUUAAGAAGAUUCAAAAACAAUUCGGUGUCCUCCACAUGGAUCUGGUAAGUAAGCCAAUUAAGGAUGCCGAAGCGUUCAUCACAUUCUGCUCCGACGCCGAAAAACAUUUCACAAAACUGUUGAAAGAGGAAAUCGAGAGGGACGUCCAAAACGCGAAGGAUGAUCUCAUCGUCCACGCCCGAAAACAGUACGUCGACACAAUAAAAGCGUCGCUGGAACGCUUCGCCGUCAAAGUCACUGAAGAACUACAACCUUUGCCACAAGAGCUCCGCGACGAUUUGGAACAGGGACACAAAGGCUUCAUGGAUAAGCUUGGAAGGUAUUUCCUUCUGCAAAUAAGAGACUUUUUCCCAACGCGAAUCGUUCCCCCUGAACAGCGAAAAACAUUGAAAGAUUUCGCGGAUAUCAUACGUCUUCGCUUCAAUGAUUUUGUGGUUGCAUUGUGUGAUCAAGCAGAUUUCAAGAAAAACGUUAGUGUAUUCCUCGAGCCUUCACGUCAAGCAUUGCACCGUCUGCUUACUGACCUUAUCAGGUCAGAACACUUCGACCGCACUUUCAAUACGAACAUAGAUAAUUUCAAUAAUGUAUUACAUAACUUUGCGCCUAAACAAUUCGCCGGUCCUUGCAGUCCCCUGCUGGACGCGCUUAAUGCCGGUCUUAACAGGCUGGGCACCGAGCUUAAUAAGGCUUACGUCAACACGUAUGACGGUGUUACAUUUGAUCAAUUACUAAGCGAUAAGGUAGAUCCACAGACUAAAGCACCUGGAAAAGAAUUGACCGACGAGGGAAGAAACUGCGCCAAAGUCUGUCUCACCAUUCUGGACACCUUUUACCACCAACUUUAUUACCUGUUCUAUCACUGCUACGCCAAGUGGUCAACGCAGACCAUCGAAGGCAAAAAGGAUUAUGAAGAGUUGAGAAAAUUCCUCGAGCGUCAAGGCUACGAUGUUGUACAACUGAAUAAGGACAAGAGCGGUAGAGAGGUGGGAGCCUUUUUGACCACUGCAUUCGCAUCUCAUAAGGAAUUCGAAAAAUCUCAACUCACCAAAAAAACACUAACUGCGUAUUUAGAUACAUUUAGAGAUCCCACUGGCCCCGUGUCCCAAUUGUUCCAUUACCUCAACACUUACUACGAUGUCUGUCAGCUGCCCAUUCCACCCUCCAAGAAGCAUCCGUCGUCGAUCUACGACAUGCUUACAUGGCUCAGCGGUCUCACUCAUAAUCGUGUACAUCACGAAUUAGCACUCAAUGGUUUCGCUGGCCUCUUUGAGAAGCCGAAGGACAAGGCCUCCGAAGUCCAGGCGGACGAUCCCAUUCUGCUACAGCAAGAUGACGACGCUUUAGAGGCUUACCCAAAGAGGAUCACGGCUAUGGGCCUCUCAGGUACGCUCGCAGAAGUGUGCCAUUAUUCCUAUGAGACGCUGGUUGCAAUCCUCGGCAACGGCCACUCGGGUGGAGUAUAUGCGUGUGAAUUUAACAUUAACGCGCAGGGCUUCGUAUACCCUUCCAACAUGAACACAUUAAUAUGUAUGUUGUAUGAAAUCCUCCAACGUGUUUACGAACAGUGUUACUUCCUGUACCAAAUGUGUACGCACGAUACUACACUGAGUGGGUGGAAAGAGUGUUGGUACGGCAACGGUGUUGGUGGCUCCAGUUGGAAGUGUAACAACUUACAGUGUGCCAACCAAACUGGCGACCAGACACAUAACCAAUGUGGUAACCAACGUGCCAACCAAACAGCUGACCAACUGGGUGACCAACCAUGUAACCAAACCGGUGAUCAGCGUCCCAACUGUGGACUAAAAUCACCGUUGCAGUCUUUCUUAGAGGACGGUUUACAGGGCUUCCUACCACACAGCCUAGACGGCACGUCCGGCAAACUCAACUGCGCAGUCAAAAACCAUUUCAAUGUGCCGUGCAAAACGCCGAUGGGCUUUGCUGAUAUCACUACUGUAGCGUCGCAUAAACAAAAUGGUCAUUAUCUAAGAGAUAUGCUUCAUGAAUUCUGUGGUAACAAAUCAUCGCUCACUUCGCUUCUCAGUCAACUGAGAUGUGUCCUACCAAGCGCACCUAAAACGCUCGGUGACAUGUUUGGCUUCUACAACAGCUUGCUUGCUGACUGGGAUGGCAAGGGCAGCAACCAUGUGCAACGUAACCAACACAGGGAAGCAGCUUAUAGAGAUGCUGUCCAAAAUGCAAAUUUCGGAAAUCCAGACACUGAUCUGGAGUUGACUUCCAUGUUCAGUAGCAGCAGCCACGGCUUCAGUAAAGACACGUCGCAUCUCAUCGGUGAUCUCUACUCUCUGCUAAAGUGCACGUAUAAGAGAACAAACGAUCCUGCUCACCCCUGCGGUCCAUAUGUCAAGCCACUGUGUCGUGACACCUGCGGUACGUUUGCCGAUAAACAUGCUGGUAAGCAUUUGUCCACGGUUGUGUAUCUCACAGAAUCGUUCUACGAUCUGCUGAAGCAGUUGUAUGAAACAUGCAACAGCAAGUGCGGCAAGAAAGAAACAAAAUGCUACGCAAAGAGCUGCGCAAAUAGCUGUGUAAAGAAACAGUCAAAAAGCAAACCAAACGGCAUAAUUCACGAUGCCGCGUGUAGUUCAAUUGUUAGCUGCAAGACGACGCUUCCCACCUUAUACAGCAAUGGGUUUGUAUUUGGAGAUGCAGCAGCGCUGAACACUAUAGGCACCAAAAGAACGUGCGCAGAUUUCUGCAGAGCGUUAGAAAAUAUCGUAAAAGAAGGCAAAUCCCUGUAUAUGAUUGUUUACAAGCACAUUCCAGAAUUCUUAUUCAAGAUCCGCGAACCCUUCAUCUGGACAUUGUUAGCCCUCUGGUCGCUGUCGCUCCUGUACCUGCUGCACAUCACCGUCGUCCGCCUGGACGUCCUGAGGAUACGCUCCCACCUGCGCUCGCCCUCAAGCCACCGCAUCGCCGCCCAGUCCCUCCUCGCCGCCGCACGUGUCAAGGCACUCGCCAGCUCUCUUAACGAGCAAAUUGACUUGCUUAAAAAUUCUGAUAACUCACAAAAUGAAUCUAAAAUUGCCGACCUUAAAUCCCAAUUAAAAGAUCAUAUUGCCAAGUAUCAUUCCCUUUCUGAGUCUGACAGGACUGCCCAACUGAAGGACGUCCACUCCAGGUUGCUGUCCCUUGCUGACCUCAGUGGGAAGCUUGGCCAAUUUGUUGGCCCUGAGAAGGCUGUUACUAAAGCAAUUAAUGAUGGUAUUAACAUCAUUAUUGACAGUGAUGAUGACUUCAAAAGCCUUAGAAAGUCUCAGUCUUCGACUGCGCAUCCUCCCGCUCCCGUGUCUGCUGGGCUUAUAAAUGAUGCUGAGCUUACUCAGCAAAUUAGGCAUUAUGAAGACCUUAAAAAGCGUCUUAAACCUACUGAAAAUUCCCAAAAUCAUUCCCUCUCCUCUGAAGAGUCUCGCCUUUUAUCCUCUUGUCAGUCCAAGUUGGAUGCUCUUGAGAAGCUGAAGAGCCUUAAUGAGUCUUUUAAAUCUCUUAAAAAUCCACAAAGUGAUAACUGUAAAAACCUUUUAAAUAACCUGUGCUCUGGCUUGGAGAAGUUCCUUGGUUACCAAGAAACUUCCAAAGGCUACGACGGCUCCGGCAUCGUGUACUCGGACCUUGACAGGCUGUGCGACGGGGUGAUGUCUUUCCUUCAUGGUGUUUUUGACGCUGUGAAAGAUGACGAUAACGUUACAAAAUAUGAUAAUGAUACACUUAACAAUGUUAUUGACAAAUUAAAUGAUAGUGUAGGUAAAGGCCGUCAGGCCUUCCCGGAGGCCGUGGCUCAGGUAAGUGAGUGGUUGAAAAAACAUGGUGCGCAGGUGGACCAAAAAAUCAAGAAUGUUACGGACCCUUUAAAUAAGCUUUUGAAUGGAGAUCCUGAAAAUAAUUUCAAGAAAAUUCCGUCGUUGAUUGCUGACAUUCAAGGGAUGCAAGGCGAGCCGUAUGAUGAAGUCUCCGGCACUGGUGGUAAGUUACAUAAAUGGCUUUCAUCUGUUUCAGGUCUGACGGAGAAGACUGAAGAGUCACUUAAAGCACUUGAUAGCGUAGACAAACAGCUUUCUAAUAAGUUGCAUCCUCACGUUAAUUUGCUGCAUAAUGCUGUUGACACUUUUGUAGCAAACUCCAGGAUGGAUCACCAGGAUCUCAUCGCGGUUUGCACGAAAGUCGAUGGCGACCUUGAGGCGCUUGAAACAAAUGUGAAUGCAGUUGUUACAAGUUCUGUCGGUCAGCUUAAAACCACUGUGACUGCGGGUAUAAAUGAACUUGAUAGGCAAGUUAAGAAAAUUCUGGAUGAGAAAGUUAAGACAUUACAGGAGACUGUCAAGAAGUUGGAGACUAUCAGGGGAAAGAUUGAGACGGCGGUUGGGAGUAUAAAUGAGAGGUUCAAGGAAAAUGGAUCGAAAAAUGGAGAUGAGACUGUGCCGUGUUGCCAAAAAAAGGCGCAGAAAAUUAAUGAGGAUGCUACGGAAAUUAAAACUUAUGACCUUACUAAAUUGUGGAGAGAUAUUGCGACAGAGCUUAUGAAACUCACUGACGGAAUUGCUAAACGGGAUGGCGUUGCUUUAAAAGAUGGUUCCCUUGAUCAGAUUGUUGCUGCAGUGAGGACGUAUGCUACUGAUUUCAAGGGCGUUUUCGAAAGGAAAAUUAGUGAGAUGGUUACCAAGGUUCUUGCAGCAAAGCCUGUAAGUUCCUAUGUGACCUCAUACGUUACCACUGUGAAUGGUAGAAAUAGAGUUGUUCCGCAAACCAUGACUGCUGAAAAUGUAAGAAAAGUUGCAGACACGUUGAGCACUAAUAUUACGGAAGACCUUAAGAUGCUCGCUAAGUCUACCCAAUCCACUCUGACGCCCAAAGGAAAAAUUGAUGAAGAUCUGCAAGCUGUCCAAGAUUAUCUUAAAAUAUUCGCUGGUCAAGUAGCUGGGAAGCUUCAGUCAGCUGUCGAUCAGCUUGUUCCGAAAAUCGAACAGGGUUUGCGAAAGAAGAAUGUCAUGGCGAAUCCUCACGGUGAGCUAUAUCUGAAGCGUUCGGUACAAUGCAUCCUCACCGCUGUGUCGACGGCUGCUGGAGAGGCGGGUAAGGAACUGACGGAAUUCAGCACACUAGGCCAGAUUGGGAGAUUGGCGACAGCAAUAAGCGCUAUUAAGAAACUCUGUGAAAACCUUCGAGAUAAGGUUGUUAGUGUCCAAAUGAUAACUAAGAUUCAGGACAGUCUGAAGUGUAAGGUCAUUGAGCCCGCUGACGACAUUAGGAAUAAGCUUACGCAAAUUAUUGCGGCGGUUAAUGGGGAGAUCGAAAAGUUGCAGAAGAUUGUUAAAAAUAAGUUUGUUCAUAGUAUGCAGCCCGAAGAGAACCUCAAACGUCUUGAUGAAGCUAUUGAGAGAAAAGUCGAUGGGCUUGACAGCGGGAUUAAGAGAGUAUUAGGUGAACAAGUUGCCACCCUAAGAGACAAUGUUCUAAACCCAACCACCGCCAACUGCCAAGAGGACAUAAAAUCAAGCGUAUCCACCGAAACCAAAAGGUCAAAGACGCAAAUUAAAAAUGAAGCCCUACAGAAAUUUGCAAAAACAAAAGAGAAAGAACUUAAUGAGUUGAAGAAGAUCGUCGCAACGCAAAAGGCUGAGAUCGAGAAAAUCCUAAAAAACGACAGAGCAAACGGCCUAAAAGGGUUCUUGCUCAAGUUGAAAGGCGUAAGCGGAAAGGAUCUCGAGUCUCUAAAAAUAUCAGAUGCAAUGUCAUCAACCGGCGAUAAAAUGCGUAUGCAAUUCGCCAAAUUAUCCGACGACUUCAGAAACUAUUUAUAUCCCAUGCUUGAAUAUAUUGGUGAGCAGGUGAAGACUCCAGGAUUACCUGGCGAACUGGGCCCAUAUGGACAGGACCAAGAAAAUGAAUACUCCAAAAAAGUCUACGACAUUCACGGCGAUGUAAGAAAAUUGCUGCGUCACCUAAAUAAAAACGAAAGCCGCAAACACAACUUUGACCAUGAAUUUCUUAGAUUACAUGAUUCACUCACCAGUUCACUUAACUCAUUUACUUCUUCCAAGUUCGACGGCAUUUUCAAUGCCACAUUAUGUGACGUCCUGAGAGCUUCACUCAGCGCGUUUGGAAGACAGUUAGGAAAUGCGUACGUUAAUAGGUAUUCCACUGCAUCUGCGAUCACUGAUUGGGACACUGUGGACGGCGACGGCCGUAAGGCCGCAAAAAUCCUGGUCACCAUUAUGAGAAUACUGGAUGAAGCUUUGUCACUGUUGAAGUACGAAUGCGAACGUAGCUGGAAGCAGCAAAAGAUUUGCCUUGUUUCCAAGCCUAAUAUACACAAUCCCCUCGGCGCAUUUUUCAAGGACUGCGGCUACAGGGUUUCAAGAACGGAGAGUUCGUAUGAAGGGGAGCUGAGAUGUCACGAAAACAUGAGGGGGGGACAUGUUUUUAAUAAGCUUCUAGACAAGGCAAUUCCCGGUGCCGCAAAAGAUUUGCAUCUUCCAAAAUGUAAACCGGAUGAAGCAAAGACACAAAUUAAAUCAACUUCACAAUUUAAUAUAUUCCACAUUCUCGAUUGUCUCACAUCUCACGUCGGUGAGUAUUACCAAUCAUGCCACCUCGGACUCCCGAAGUCCAAAAAGUAUCCGUGUUCCGUUCGUGAUAUUUGUGUGUGGCUUUCCGGCCUUCCUCACACUGCAGUUUAUAAAACAAUUGAUGGCCACUGCCAAAAAAUACUUAACCAGAAAGACGAAGCGACGAACACAUUCCCCAACAAGGAGGAUACAGUUAUGCAGAGAUCCUUGCAACACCUUAACGGUAACAUUAAACACAUAUGUAAAUUGGCACCUAAAAUAUUAGUCUCCAUCCAGGGCCACGGCAGUGGCGCAAGCCACGCUGCGUACCCGUAUGCCUGUUGCUUUGAGAACAACCACGGACAGUUCUACUACCCCGGUGAUCCGUCGUCGUUGCUUGACAUAUUAAAAGAUAUGUGUAUGCGUUUGUUGCGUGCAUUUUCAUUCUUAUACCAACAAUGUAAGCACACCGCGUCUGACGGCAACGGGUGGCGUGAGUGUCAAUAUGGUUAUCGCGUCGGCACCUACCAGUGGGACUGCAAUGAACCUAGCGACAACUCAAGCACACAACCAAAGAGUCAGGCUAAGUGCCAACCAAAUAGUGAAGCAAAUGACCAACCAAAUUGCUUACCAAGGUCCCCGCUUCAGGCCCAUCUUAUGGAUGGCCUGCCGGGUUUCAUGCCACAUAAGUUCACAGCUGUCGGUUGCCAGCCCACUUGCUCAACGUGCCCUAAGGGCUCACUGGUUGGGCAGUGUAUCACCCCGAUGGGCUUUGCAGAUUUGGCAACUGCGGGCUCUAUUGUAGGCCGUGGCGAUGAUCUUGUUGAUGUGCUUGCUACGCUUUGUAAAAAUGGCGGUUCAGUUCUGUGUGAAUUAGUGCACGCAUUACAAUGCAUAUCGCCCUCUCCACCGAAAGGCUUGGCAGAGAUGUUCUCGUAUUACUGUAACAUAUUCCAGAAAUCGUAUGGUUCACUGUAUGGUCACGAAGAUACAUACCAAACGAAAAUUAACGAUACGAUUAAUAAAUCCUUCCCACUGUGGCCCGAGCUUCACGGAAAGUACGAUGCUUCUAAACUCACAGGCGCACUGCGAAAGUUAUACUAUUCGAAAGAUGGCCAUCAUCAACCUCACAUUAAAAAUGGUAUCACGCCCGGUCACAAGGAUCUGUACAGUCUUGUUGCCCAAGAUUCAUGCGCACUUACCGAGAUUGCAAAUUGCGCCCCUUACCUCAAGGCUCUGUGCCACGACGCCUGUCACACAUACCCUGCGAAACACAAGGCUUUGUAUCUGUCAUGGCUUUGCCGGUUGGCAUGGACAUUCUGGGAUUUGCUUGAUCAGUUACUCAAGGCGUUUAGUGACAUAUCCUGUCAAUCAUAUGGAUGUCUAAGCAAAUGCGGUUUUGGUAAACACGGCGUCACUGAGGAGGAUACAUCGCAAGCGCCAAAAGCUUCGAAGCCCAGUUGCCAUUGCAAUUCAAUAGUCCAAUGUAAGGGACCCAUGUCCGUAUUCUACCAGUACGGAUUCACAUUCGGAUUGCCAAAAGAGUUAAUGGGAUCUGAAAGCAAGAAGACAUGUGACAAUUUCGUAAAGCAGUUGACCAGGGUUCUAACGAAAGGAUAUUUCAAAGAAUUAUUCGAUGAAAUCGACGAAUUCAUCUGGGCAAUACGCACACCCUUCUCCUACUUGUUGUUGUCCCUCUGGUCGCUCUCGCUCCUGUACCUGCUGCACAUCGCCGUCGUACGCCUCGACGUCCUGAGGAUACGCUCCCACCUGCGCUCGCCCUCAAGCCACCGCAUCGCCGCGCAGUCCCUCCUCGCCGCCGCACGCGUAAGGGCACUCGCCAACGUCAAAAAUGGAGCCUUGGAUGAUAUUGAUGCCCGCCGUAUCUCUCUUGGUCAGCUCGCUGGACAGCUUUCGGGUUUAAUUGGUGGGAGUGAGGAAGUUAAAAAUGCAAUUUUGAAUGGUUUAUACAGUAAUGUAACUCAGCUUGAAAAGCGUUUACAAGCAUCUUGCGGAGGUGAGGGGUGUGAUUGUAAUAUUAAGAAAUUCCGUGAUGACCUUAAAAAUCUUCAAGAUACAUUUAAGAAAUAUGAUGAAAUUGCAACAAAAAUUGACAGCCUUCAAAAAGAUAUUGCUGAAAAAAGUAAGGCGCCUGGAAAGGCGCCGUCCGGCGGUGGUCCUGAGAUUGCGGAGCUUAAUGAGAAAAUUGAGGCAGAAAAAAAGAAGCUUGAAAAGGAAAAUGAGUCUCUUAAUGAGCAAAUUAAAGAGCUUAAAAGUGCUUUAAAUGCUUCUAAAAUGAAAAUUGAUGAAUACAUUCAGAAGCUUACUGCCAGCGUAAGAAAGUGUGAAGAGGAAAUUAAGCAGUAUAAAAAGGAUGAAAAACAGCGCCAUAAAAAGCAGUAUAAUGAGGAUCUUAAAGAUGCAGAUAUCUCCAUUCCCUCCCAUCUUUCCAAUCCUCUUGCAACUGAGCAGGCUAAAUUGAAGUCUCAUGAGGCUUCGUUGGAGUCUCUUAAAAAUCUUGAAAAGCUUAUUGCAUUUCAUGAGAGUGUUGAAAAGAAUCAAGAUGGAGAAUGUUUAAGCAUUUUAAACAAUUUGUGCACCGGGCUGGAGAAGUUCCUUGGUUACCAAGAAACUUCCAAAGGCUACUCGGGUGAUGGCAUCGUGUACUCCGACCUUGACAGGCUGUGCGACGGGGUGAUGUCUUUCCUUCAUGGAGUUUUAAGUGGAGUGCAGGAUGAUGAGAAUGUUACAACGUACAAUGAAUACAUUGAUUCACCUAAAAUAAAUAAUGUUAUUGACUCUCUUAACACUAGUGUAGGUAAAGGCCGUCAGGCCUUCGAGAAGGCGUUGACUCAGGUGGACACAUUGAUCAAGAAUGUUACGACACCGAUAAAUGACCUUUUGACAGGCGUCGAUGAGAAGAAUUUCAAGAAAAUUCCGCAGUUAAUUAAAGACAUUCAACAGAUGAAGAAGAGUAAUUAUGAAGAUGUCUCCGGCACUGGUGGUCUGACGGACAAGACUCAAGAGGCACUUAAAGCACUUAAUAAUGUAGACAAACAGCUUAAUAAUAAUUUACAUCCACACGUAAAAUUGAUGCAUAAUGCUGUUGACACUUUUUACGUUAACGCUAUUUUAGGCGUAAAUGAUCUCAAUGCUGUUUGUAGCAACGUGAGUGAGCAGUUGACAAAUCUUCAAGCCAAUUUAAUGGCGAAGGCUGACGAGGAAGGAGAUGGGUGUGUUAGGCUUUUGACAAAUGAAUUUGAAACGCAAAUUCGGACGCCGCUUAAUACUGCUAAAAUUAACUUGAACAACUUGAAUCACAAAUUGAAUGAUUGGAUCGACAAGGCCAUGCUAGUUGUCAGCAAGGCCUUAAGUAAGUGUGACGAGAUAUUGGGGCAUGUGAAAAAUAAGGAACAAUCAAAAACAUGGACAACCGUUGAGACGGCGGCGAAGAAUUUGAGGGAUAUGGCCAAUGAGCUUCGUGAGGUGGCGAAGCAAGUUAAGGCGCAGAUUACUUCAUGGGUUGGGACAGCGCUUUCGGAGGUUGUUACCUUAGACAGGGCGGUCAGGACGGUAUUGAAGGAGACGAAGGAUAAUAUUAAGGCGGCGAUGCAGAAGUAUGUUAAGACGCAGUUGCUGGGGGAUAUUAAAGGGAAGGUGGAGAAGAUUACAGGUACAAAAGGCGGAAAUGGUUUAAAAAACAUUGUAGAGAAAGUUAAGCAGUAUGUUGAAGAGAAUUACAUUGAUGACCAUUUUGCGACUGAAACUUUGGAGGGAUGGAUAGAGGAUAUUCUGUCGAAAAGUGAACUUGCUAAGACGUUUCUUGAUUAUUACACCACAAAUCAUCAGGAACUAGUUAUAUCAACUAUAAGCAGUUAUAUUAAUACGGAAAUUGUCAAAACAAUUCCGCAUCAUCCUAAAGUCGUUCCCGGAAAGGUGAAAGAAACGCUGGCUAGCAUCCAAGCCCUUCUUACUGAGUUAUCCGUACAAGUUGCUUUGAAGGCUGGCAAAAACCAAUAUUACACCAUUGCUGGGACGAUACAUCAAGCGUUGCAGGAUAUAGCUCCUGGGACAUUUACGGCUGCCAAAGGUAAUCUUGAGCAAGCUCUCCGUCAAAUUCUCCCCGCCGUAGCGGCCACCUCUAAUCACAUUGCUGGCCAAAUUGGCGACCUUAUUAAUGACUGUCAGAUUGGAAACGUGGACGCUGCUUUGACGGUGGCCACGGGGCUUGAGAGUGAUAUUUCAACAGCGCUUCUUAAAGGUUCCGACGUCAUAAAACCCGACCAUAUGUUCCAGCUGUCCGACAGUGUCGACGCCAGGAUCCUCGGCAUACUUGAAGCGGAGGUCGGGGAGGAUGAUAAAAAAGGUGGUGGUGCCAUGGUAACAAAGGUUAAGGAUACAAACAUGGGGCUUUACGGUAAACUAAUUAAACAAGACAAAGUUAAGACUGGUGCUCUAACCGGCGCUAAUAAAGGAGAAUCCGAAGGCCAACUCCCGGAGGCGAUCGGAAAUAUCGGAAGGGAGGUUAACAGUGCCGCCCGUUUGGGGAAAAUUGUGGAGACUAACACUAACGGUAAAAAGGAUGGUAACUUCUACGACGAUACCUUCACAUUAUUGUGCGGAGAAGUUGACAGUGCGCUGGAAAAGCUUUGCACGGCCGUCAAGGAUUUGGUGGAAAAGGAUAAUGGUACGUCAGGAGUAAUCGGUGACCAAGUAGAUCCAAAAAGAGGCGUGCAGAAAUUGUUGGAAGAUCUCAAAACUAUGCUUAAUGACGACAAAAAGGCUAGGAAGUAUGGCUUGACAAAACAUCUUAGAGAAAUACAUGAGGAAAUCAGAACCAAAAUCAUUGGCACUUCAGGCGAUUAUUCUGGCAUACCUGAAACUCUGCUACAAAUAAAAACCGCAGCCGAAAAAUUCCACAACGAAACCAUUCCAAAUACAGUAAACGCCUGCAUCACCGCCAUCAACGAAAAAGUCCAAUCAGAAGUCACCGAAAAGAUCAGGAACCUCAAAAACACCGCCCUCCACAAAUUCGCCGCGACCAAGCAAAAGGAGCUGGAGGAUCUGAAGAAAUUGGUCACCGAUCAGUCGGCGAGAAUUGAAGAUCUCAUUUCCCUAGACAGCAUGAUAGGCCUGAAAGGUCUACUCAGGGAAAUGAAGGCGUGGCUAGAAGACAGAAGUCUCAUACACAUACAAAGUCCGGUGGAAUUCACAGGAACAGCAUCGCAGCUGAAGCAGUUUUUAGACGCUAUUUUAAGAUAUGUACAACAUCAGGUUAUGACUCCAAAAGGUCAUUCAACUCCCGCCCCCAACGCCAACUCCAAGAAAGUCGCGGACAUCCAGGCCGCGCUGAACAAACUCCUCUCUCACCUACAAGAGAACUCCAGCAGAGCUUUCACCUACGACUCCAAGUUCCGCCAACUGCUCCAAUCCCUCACCGCUUUGCUCUGCGACUUCGACGCCGAGCGCUUCGCCAACCCGUACCACCCGGUGUUACUAGACGCGCUGCGCAAGGGGAUGAAUGCGCUGAUAGGGGAGUUAGAUAAAGCUUACAUAAACAAGUACGACGGUGUGAAAGAUAUUGCUUGGAGCAAAACCAAGGGUCCCAAUUUCGAUCCAACAGCCGACGCCAACCGCUGCGCCAAGGUCUUCAUGAGCUGCCUGCCGAUGUGGCUGGAGGACCUUACCAGGGUGAUGCACAAGUGCUCGGCUGAAGGCAGUUGGAGGGAGAAAGCAAUAUACCUCAGGGAAGACGACGGGAAGGGGAAUUACUUAGGUGAUUUCCUAAGGGAGUGCGGUUACAAAGUUCCCACCUGCAAGAAGUCCAAGCAGGACGGGGAGCUGCAGUGCAGGCAUAGUAUGAGGGGUGAGCAUAUCCAUAAGAAGCUUGCUGAAUCAUUAAUCAACACGCUUAACAAUGUACACCUUAAUGCGUGCGUAAAAGAAAAACAUCACGAAGGCCAAACGGCGAAAUCAUUAUUUGAUCUCUUCGACCUACUUAAAUGUCUCACAACUCACGUCGGUGAGUAUUACGAAUCUUGCCACCUCGAACUCCCUAAAUCCCAAAAGUAUCCGUGUUCCGUUCGUGAUAUUUGUGUAUGGCUUUCCGGCCUUCCUCACACUGCAGUUUAUGAUAAAAUAGAUGGGCAUUGUGAUAAGUUGCUUAACCAGAAAGACGAAGCGACGAACACAUUCCCCAACAAGGAGGAUACAGUUAUGCAGAGAUCCUUGCAACACCUUAACGGUAACAUUAAACACAUAUGUAAAUUGGCACCUAAAAUAUUAGUCUCCAUCCAGGGCCACGGCAGUGGCGCAAGCCACGCUGCGUACCCGUAUGCCUGUUGCUUUGAGAACAACCACGGACAGUUCUACUACCCCGGUGAUCCGUCGUCGUUGCUUGACAUAUUAAAAGAUAUGUGUAUGCGUUUGUUGCGUGCAUUUUCAUUCUUAUACCAACAAUGUAAGCACACCGCGUCUGACGGCAACGGGUGGCGUGAGUGUCAAUAUGGUUAUCGCGUCGGCACCUACCAGUGGGACUGCAAUGAACCUAGCGACAACUCAAGCACACAACCAAAGAGUCAGGCUAAGUGCCAACCAAAUAGUGAAGCAAAUGACCAACCAAAUUGCUUACCAAGGUCCCCGCUUCAGGCCCAUCUUAUGGAUGGCCUGCCGGGUUUCAUGCCACAUAAGUUCACAGCUGUCGGUUGCCAGCCCACUUGCUCAACGUGCCCUAAGGGCUCACUGGUUGGGCAGUGUAUCACCCCGAUGGGCUUUGCAGAUUUGGCAACUGCGGGCUCUAUUGUAGGCCGUGGCGAUGAUCUUGUUGAUGUGCUUGCUACGCUUUGUAAAAAUGGCGGUUCAGUUCUGUGUGAAUUAGUGCACGCAUUACAAUGCAUAUCGCCCUCUCCACCGAAAGGCUUGGCAGAGAUGUUCUCGUAUUACUGUAACAUAUUCCAGAAAUCGUAUGGUUCACUGUAUGGUCACGAAGAUACAUACCAAACGAAAAUUAACGAUACGAUUAAUAAAUCCUUCCCACUGUGGCCCGAGCUUCACGGAAAGUACGAUGCUUCUAAACUCACAGGCGCACUGCGAAAGUUAUACUAUUCGAAAGAUGGCCAUCAUCAACCUCACAUUAAAAAUGGUAUCACGCCCGGUCACAAGGAUCUGUACAGUCUUGUUGCCCAAGAUUCAUGCGCACUUACCGAGAUUGCAAAUUGCGCCCCUUACCUCAAGGCUCUGUGCCACGACGCCUGUCACACAUAUCCCGCGAAACACGCAAACUUGUACAUGGCAUGGCUUUGCCGGUUGGCAUGGGCAUUCUGGGAUUUGCUUGAUCAGUUGCUCAAGGCGUUCAAUAACAUAUCCUGUCAAUCAUAUGGAUGUCAAUGCAAAUGCGGUUUUGGUAAACACGGCGUCACUGAGGAAGAUACAUCGCAACCUUCAAAAGCUCCUAAGCCCAGUUGCCAUUGCAAUUCAAUAGUCCAGUGCAAAGGGCCUAUGUCCGUAUUCUACCAGUACGGAUUCACAUUCGGAAUGCCGAAAGAAUUAAUGGGAUCUGAAAGAAAAAUGUCAUGUGACAAUUUCGUAAAGCAGUUAACAAGAGUGCUGCACAAAGGAUAUUUUAAAGAAUUAUUUGACGAAAUCGAUGAUUUCAUCUGGGCAAUUCGUACACCCUUCUCCUACCUCUUAUUAGCCCUCUGGUCGCUCUCGCUCCUGUACCUGCUGCACAUCACCGUCGUCCGCCUCGACGCCCUGAGGAUACGCUCCCACCUGAGAUCACCCGCAAGCCACCGCAUCGCCGCACAGUCCCUCCUCGCCGCCGCACGCGUCAAGGCACUCGCCAACGUCAAGUACUUCUCACCAUAA